AUGGCUUCCCGCGGUGUGAAAGAGACGGAGCUCCUGCGUGAGAACAUCGAGAAGCAGGUCGAUCGACUCAUCUCGCAGCUUGCAGAUCUGGAAACAUGCAAAGACGAGUUGAGCCCCGAGGAAUACGAAGAGACGCGGCAAGAGACGAUGGAGCAAUUCAAGGAACUCAAAGCCUCUCUCCAGAAGAUGAUGAGUGGAAACAUGACCCUCAUAGACGAAAUGAAUAGUGUGCAGCUGGCAAUUCAAGCAGCCAUCAGUAAUGCAUUCAAGACCCCCGAGGUGAUUCGCAUGUUCAGCAAGAGGCAGCCAGGUCAGCUGAGGCUGAGGCUUGCAGAUCUGGAGCGAGAGUGCAAGUGCGGUCACAUCACGUCCGAUGCAUAUUCGCAGCAGAAGGUGGAGAUCUUGGAAGCCCUUCGUCGACUCGGCGAGGAUCUCUCUCCUGCGGAGAGUGAGUUCCUUCGUGAGAAGUCUACUCUUUCACUAGGCCAAUUUGAAGAGUUUUCACCUGAAAAAGGGAUCGGUGAGAAGGUGCUAAACAUUGCUGGAGAGGGGGUGUCAACAGCCCUCUGAUGAUUCUAUCAGUCAUCAGUGAACUGUGAUUUUCUAGCAGCCUGUAUUUUGCAUGUCAUGAGGGCAUGUUCACAUAUCCAGUUCAGCUCCAAAUCUCCUUUGUGAGCUCCAUUGCUUUAUGCCUGAUCAGUCCAUGUUCAUUUGUUUCAAUCUGAUGUGAUAUCAACCACAACCAUGAAGAGAAAAUACUUUAUCUCAUUUAGGAUUCAUUACACCUGUAUGCCUGAAUCCAUUCUUCACAUGGAACACUUUAUUGAGUUUUUUUGCAUUGAUCUUGUUUUUUGUUUUUCUCAAAUACUGAAUCUUUAAGCCAG